UUUACAUUCCGUCUGUACGCCCUCAAUGCAAUUCACAUUCGCUCGUAUUCCCGCCGCCGUUCCGUAUCCACCUCGCUUCAGAUUCUGCAGAAUGGAGAGAAUUGAAGCCAUGGGAGACCAAAUCCCGUCCAAUUCUCAAGAAAUCCUUUCAGAAGAUGCCCUCAAGAAUUAUCCCAAGCCUUUGUCCCCGCCGCUCCCGGCACUUUCCCAGCCGAUCGAGCUUAGCAGAGCCAUGUCAGCUUCUUCCAGAUCUAGCUUGUUUUCAUUCUCCAGAAGCGAUAUAAUCUUCGAAGACCAAUGGCUCAUGGCCGUCAAUAAACCUGCUGGUGUAUAUUGCGAGAAUGUCCUUUCUUCCAUCGCCACUCUCUUCACCAAUUCCACUCAAUCAGAGACUGGAUCCAGCAGCUUAGAACUUCAUCUUGCCAAUAGACUUGAUCGAGACACUAGUGGUUUAAUGUUAGUCACCAAGUCUCAUAAAGUAGCUGCAAAGCUUGUCAAGGCUUUUACUGAACACAAGGUUAGGAAAACAUAUAUAGCUCAUUGUGUUGGGAUUGCUCCAAAAUGGGAAAAAAUUACUAUUAAAUCUGGCCAUGGACGUUCUAAAUAUGGAGUAUGGCGUGUUUAUGCUGCAUCAGAUGUAGGCAAGAAACUUCCAGGUGGGUCAGUUGUAAAAGAUAUGGAAACAACUAUUGAAGUGUUAUCCAUAAAUGGAAAGGAAAGGUCAAUUGAGUCUUCAGAAGAAAGGGUUUUAGUUGUAGAAGAAAGAUCUGUAGUGGGAUCAGAUACUGCUGAUAAUAGUGAAAAGGAUGAAGUUUUGGUUAGAGCGCGUCCUCGAAGUGGAAGAACACAUCAAAUUCGCCUGCAUUGCCAAUAUCUUGGAAUAUCCAUUUUAGGGGAUGUGAAAUAUGAGGGGGUUUAUGAAAGGAAGGGGAAAAUAUAUCAAGGCCAUGAACUUCAUGCAGAAAGCAUAUCCUUUGAGCAUCCCAUUACCGGCCUUUCUGUCAUGUUUCGUGCUCCAUUACCUUCAUGGGCAAGUGAUCAGACAGACACUUCCAUGAAUUGUAUACCAAAUACUUGAUGAGGAUCUCUAAUGUGAGAAUAUCGCUAUGGGGAAUUCGAUAUCCUCAGACGUUUGCAUUUUUGUAGUUUAGUUUUUUAUAACACAAUUGCAUAGAGGAUUGAUAAGAUUGCUGAACAAUCUGUGUACAAUUUAUUUAAUUUAUUAGUUCAAGUGUCUAAUUGUAGGGUAAAUGUAACUUUAUACACUAAACACAUAUUGGGGAAUUUACCCUAUUGAAUCAAUCUUGCCCUCCCUAAGGGCUAUUUUCUUCUCUUC